UGGGCCUGGUGGUGGAGGCCCCUUUCGCAAAACAUCAGUCUGAGUUUAGUAGACAGAAGUCACCAGGAGCGCCUUGACAGGCUCCUGCCUCAGCUAAGGCUCCCUCCAGCUGCGGAGGGUGUUUUUGUUAGAAUCACACACUGCGUAAAACUGCUUAGAAUAGAGCCAUGAUCUCAACCACGAAAUGUGAACUUAUAUUUUGGAGAAACUGACUGGGACGGACUCCUUUCCGAACCUGAGUUGAACAAUGUCACGCCUUGGCUCGCAGCUUCACGUUGUCUAGGUGGUGAAAUGAUAAAACUCACUCUCUUCUUCAAUCAGCAAAUUUAAAGUGAUCUUUCAUCAAGUUCCAUCUCCUUUUGUCUCAUAUGGAAUGUAUCUCUCUAUCUGUUGUUAAACUACAAUGACAUGUCUGUAGCUAUCAGAAAGAGAAGCUGGGAAGAACAUGUGACCCAGUGGAUGGGACAGCCUUUUAGUUCUGAUGAUCAUAACACAGCAUGUCAUCAUGGACUAGUAGCUGACAGCUUGCAGGCAAGUAUGGAAAAAGAUGCAACUCUAAAUGCGGACCGCAAAGAGAAGUGUGUUUCACUACCAGACUGCUGUCAUGGAUCAGAGCUGAGAGAUUUUCCUGGGAUGCCAAUGGGUCACAUUUCAAAGGAGGUGGAUGAAAAUGACAGCCACGAAGGUGAAGAUCAGUUUCUUUCUCUGGAAGCCAGCACGGAAACACUAGUGCAUGUUUCUGAUGAGGAUACCGAUUCUGAUCUAUAUCUUACAGAUGAUAAACAGAUUUUAACUUCCCAAGGGCAUAAAACAUCAGACCAACAUAGCGUCAAAGGAGCAGGCUCCUUAAUAAAGACACUGCCUAUCACAGAAAGAAGCCAAGACUCUUAUAAUCCGUGGGGAAUGGCUGGUGGAGCUGAUUUAGCACUAGUAGAAGAAAGGGGGAAAAGAAACGUCAUUGACAUUAUAAGUAAAAGCCUGGAGCUCUGUAAUGAUAUGAACUUAAGUGAAAUUAAAGAUGCAUCCCAAAUACAUGUUUGUGAUUCAUUGAAUGUGAAAGAUAUUGUGCCUGAGAAGCAGUUGCUUAAUUCUGCUGUAAUUGCUCAGCAACGAAGGAAACCCGACUUCCCUAAAGAGGAACAUGAAAGAAACACCUGCUGUGUAGAACAAGAUGAGUUUUUCACCAUUCCUUGUUCAGAGAGAGGGCUGCCGUUAUUAAAAGCAGAUACUGGAAGCUGCCUUCUGCAGCCUCCUUCCUGCCCUGGUGGAAUGUCAGCGGAAAAUGGCCUGCAGAAGAGUGGUUUCUCAGAACAUCAAAACAAACGUCUUCCAGAGGUCAGCUCAGGAGAUGGCAUGCAGUGUUUACACUUAAAGGAACCUCUGGCCACCCAGGAACCCACAGAUAAUCAAGUCAGACUUCGCAAAAGGAAGGAAAUAAAAGAAGAUCGGGAUAGGGCGCGGCUGGACUCGAUGGUGCUGCUCAUCAUGAAACUGGACCAGCUUGACCAGGACAUUGAGAACGCACUCAGCACCAGCUCCUCUCCAUCCAGCACACCGACCAACCUGCGGCGGCACGUUCCUGAUCUGGAGUCAGGAUCUGAGAGUGGAGCAGAUACCAUUUCAGUAAAUCAGACACCAAUAAAUUUGUCUUCUAACACCGAGUCCACUGAGCUACCAUCUUCCACUCCAGGGGCCAAUUUUGGAACCAAACCCAAGUCUACGGCUUUUCCAGGCAUUUCAGAGAAGGAAAAGGCUGAAAUUGAAGCCAAAGAAGCUUGUGAUUGGCUGCGGGCAACAGGCUUCCCCCAGUACGCGCAGCUUUAUGAAGAUCUCCUGUUCCCUAUUGAUAUUUCCUUGGUCAAGAGAGAGCAUGACUUUUUGGACAGAGAUGCCAUUGAGGCUCUGUGCAGGCGUCUAAACACUUUAAACAAAUGUGCGGUGAUGAAACUGGAAAUUAGUCCUCAUCGGAAGAGAAGUGAGGAUUCAGACGAGGAUGAGCCUUGUGCAAUAAGUGGCAAGUGGACUUUCCAGAGGGACAGCAAGAGGUGGUCCCGGCUUGAAGAGUUUGAUGUCUUUUCUCCAAAGCAGGACCCAGUGCCUGGGUCCCCAGAGGAUCCCCACCUGAAGAAUGCCCCGAGCCAUGAAAGCAUGCUGACAGACUUCAGCGAGCGUCAGGAGGUGGCUUCUGUCCGCAGCCUCAGCAGCACCAGCAGCCUCCCCACCCAUGCGCCCCACAGCAGGGACCCCGCGACACCCCGGACUAACUCCGUCCUUAGCGUCUGCUCCUCCUCUGGCAACUUUGUAGGCAAUGACGACUCUUUCUGCAGCCUGCCCUCUCCCAAGGAACUGUCCGGUUUCAGCUUCAGCAUGAAAGGCCACGAGAAAAACACCAAGUCCAAGACGCGCAGUCUGCUGAAACGCAUGGAGAGCUUGAAGCUCAAGGGCUCCCACCAUGGCAAGCACAGGGCGCCCUCCAAGCUGGGGCUGAUCAUCAGCGGGCCCAUUCUGCAGGAGGGGAUGGACGAGGAGAAGCUAAAGCAGCUGAACUGCGUGGAGAUCUCCGCCCUCAACGGCAACCACAUUAACGUCCCCAUGGUACGAAAGAGGAGCGUUUCCAACUCCACGCAGACCAGCAGCAGCAGCAGCCAGUCUGAGACCAGCAGCGCCGUCAGCACGCCCAGCCCUGUCACCAGGACCCGGAGCCUCAGCGCCUGCAACAAGCGGGUGGGCAUGUACUUAGAGGGCUUUGACCCCUUCAGUCAGUCGACAUUCAACAACGUUGUGGAGCAGAACUUCAGGAACCGGGAGAGCUACCCAGAGGACACAGUGUUCUACAUCCCAGAAGAUCACAAGCCGGGCACUUUCCCCAAGGCCCUCUCCAAUGGCAGUUUCUCUCCCUCAGGGAAUAGCAGCUCUGUGAACUGGAGGACUGGAAGCUUCCAUGGACCUGGCCACAUCAGCCUAAGGAGGGAAAACAGCGACAGCCCCAAGGAGCUGAAGAGACGCAAUUCCUCCAGUUCUAUGAGCAGCCGCAUGAGUAUCUAUGACAAUGUGCCGGGCUCCAUUCUCUAUUCCAGCUCAGGUGACCUGGCUGACCUGGAGAACGAGGACAUCUUCCCUGAGCUGGAUGACAUCCUCUACCACGUGAAUGGGAUGCAGAGGAUAGUCAACCAGUGGUCAGAGAAGUUCUCAGAUGAGGGAGACUCGGACUCAGCCCUGGACUCAGUCUCUCCGUGCCCGUCCUCUCCCAAACAGAUACACCUGGAUGUGGACAAUGACCGAGCCACACCCAGUGACCUGGACAGCACAGGCAACUCGCUGAAUGAACCCGAAGAGCCCUCCGACAUCCCAGAGAGGAGGGAUUCUGGGGUUGGUGCAUCCCUGACAAGGUCCAAUAGGCACAGGCUGAGGUGGCACAGUUUCCAGAGCUCGCAUCGGCCGAGUUUAAACUCUGUGUCGCUGCAGAUUAACUGCCAGUCUGUGGCCCAGAUGAACCUGCUGCAGAAGUACUCGCUCCUGAAGCUAACCGCCCUGCUGGAGAAAUACACACCUUCUAACAAGCAUGGUUUCAGCUGGGCUGUGCCCAAGUUCAUGAAAAGGAUCAAGGUUCCAGACUACAAGGAUCGGAAUGUGUUUGGAGUCCCUCUGACAGUCAACGUGCAGCGCACAGGACAGCCCCUGCCCCAGAGCAUUCAGCAGGCCAUGCGCUACCUCCGCAACCAUUGUUUGGAUCAGGUUGGGCUCUUCAGAAAAUCAGGUGUCAAAUCCCGGAUUCAGGCCCUGCGCCAGAUGAAUGAAAGUGCCAUGGAUUGUGUCAACUAUGAGGGGCAGUCUGCUUAUGACGUGGCAGACAUGUUGAAGCAGUAUUUUCGAGACCUUCCUGAGCCACUAAUGACGAACAAACUCUCGGAAACCUUCCUACAGAUCUACCAGUAUGUGCCCAAGGACCAGCGCCUCCAGGCGAUCAAGGCCGCCAUUAUGCUCCUGCCCGAUGAGAACCGAGAGGUGCUACAGACGCUCCUUUAUUUCUUGAGUGAUGUCACAGCAGCUGUGAAGGAAAACCAGAUGACUCCCACCAACCUGGCCGUGUGCUUGGCGCCUUCGCUCUUCCACCUCAACACCCUGAAGAGGGAGAACUCCUCCCCGAGGGUAAUGCAAAGGAAACAAAGUUUGGGCAAACCAGAUCAGAAAGAUUUGAAUGAAAACCUCGCUGCCACUCAAGGGCUGGCCCAUAUGAUUGCUGAGUGCAAGAAGCUUUUCCAGGUUCCGGAGGAAAUGAGCCGAUGUCGCAAUUCCUAUACUGAGCAAGAACUGAAGCCCCUCACUCUAGAAGCGUUGGGACGCCUUUGUAAUGACGAGUCAGCUGACUACCAACACUUCCUUCGAGACUGCGUUGAUAGCCUGUUUAAAGAGGUCAAAGAGAAGUUUAAAGGUUGGGUCAGCUACUCAACGUCUGAGCAGGCCGAGCUGUCCUAUAAGAAGGUGAGUGAAGGACCCCCUCUGAGGCUUUGGAGGUCAACCAUCGAAGUCCCUGCUAUGCCCGAGGAAAUCUUAAAGCGCCUACUUAAAGAGCAGCACCUCUGGGAUGUAGAUCUGUUGGACUCAAAAGUGAUUGAAAUCCUGGACAGUCAAACUGAAAUUUACCAGUAUGUUCAGAACAGCAUGGCACCCCAUCCUGCUCGGGACUACGUUGUUUUGAGGACAUGGAGGACUAAUUUACCCAAGGGGGCCUGUGCCCUUUUACUCACUUCCGUGGAUCACGACCGGGCACCCGUGGUGGGGGUGAGGGCCAAUGUGCUCCUGUCCAGGUAUCUGAUAGAACCCUGCGGGUCAGGGAAAUCCAAACUCACCUACAUGUGCAGAGCUGACUUAAGGGGCCACAUGCCAGAGUGGUACACAAAAUCUUUCGGACAUUUGUGUGCAGCUGAAGUUGUAAAGAUUCGAGACUCCUUCUGUCAUCAGAACACUGAAGGCAAAGACAGCAAAUCCAGGUGAUUGCUCAGGCCGUGCAACUGUCCACCAUCCGGGCAUCUGUUCCCAGGACCCUUGCCAGUCCUUGGAAGAACGGGUUCUGCGUCUAAUCCUGAAACAAACUACAAGUUGGAGAAUAGGAAUUGACUGUAGCAAUUUGAUACAAUUUUAAAGCUGCUUCCUGUUUGUUUAAGGUCUGUGUUGUAGAUCUUGACUGGAAUAUAUGACUGUGCAAAAAAAAAAAAA